AUACAGGAUUACAGGGAUAAUACCUGCGUUGAACAAGAUUUAGGAGAAAUAUGCGGUGAGGUUUUUUGCAAAGGUAACGCGUUGCCGCUAGCAUGAAAGCCAAGCAGUCUCUGUCGCUGACACGGUUAAACCCGCUGACUGCAUGCAAAUGAAUCGUAUGCUAAUGUAUGGGGGGUUGGGUUUAAUCGGUCCGCGGUAGGGACUGUACUGCCAGCGGUUUGGUUACCAGUGUGUUAGUCUUGCUGGUUAGAAAGGACUUGUGUGUGGGUGUAUUUUAGUGUGUUUGAGCCUGACAGACAGAUAGAGAAGCUGUAUUAUAAACCUGGAACGAGAAACCGCUGAUGACAGACCGAAAUAAAUACAAGGGGAAUGUUAAAAUGAUGGAAUGUUAAAUAUCUAACCCGGCUACGGCAAAGUAUUAAUUAAAACAAGGGGGGAAAGAACAAGAAACACGCAAGUAUAGCACCCCUAUGAUCAAUUGCUGGAAGCGAAUGAAUGAACCGGCACAUCUAACGAAUUGCAUUGGACUGGAGAUUCUGCGGGAGUACAGAACGGACACUUGAACUGGCAACAGCAACGCCAGGUUUAGAUUUGGAAUUCUAUACAAUUCAAUGUGGAUGUAAUUAGAAAAUAUAUUUAGCGCAAACAAACAAACACACAACCACAUUUUGACAUCAAACACAACCCCCUCUUGGUACUUAGAACCAUGUGAAGACCCUUGAAUCAAGACCAGGAGAAGCUUUGUGGAGACUUGUAGAAAGGUUCUUUCUUUUUUCUUCUUCUUCCCCCCCCCCCCCCCCAUCAUGGAAACCAAGAAGGAUUUCCACAGGUUUUUCCUUUGCCCCUCAGUACAGGGGUUCUGGUCACUGGGGGUCAGCCUUCUCCUCUUACUUGUACUGUCCCCCGAAUAUUCUAGUAGCCAGCCCCUCAGCACCUUCCACACAGAGAACCGGGACUGGACGUUAAACCACUUGACGGUUCACCAGAAGACUGGGACACUAUACAUUGGUGCUGUCAACCGGGUCUACAAGCUAUCUGGCAACCUAACCCUUCUGGUGUCUCACAAAACAGGGCCACACGAUGACAACAAAUCGUGCUACCCUCCCCUGAUCGGCCAGCCAUGCAGUGAACCCCUGACGCUCACCAACAAUGUCAACAAGCUGCUUCUCAUCGACUACUCCCAGAACCGUCUCCUAGCCUGUGGAAGCCUCUACCAGGGAGUCUGCAGACUCCUGCGCCUGGAUGACCUCUUCAUCCUGGUGGAGCCCUCCCACAAGAAGGAGCACUACUUGUCAAGCGUCAACGAGACAGGUACCAUGUACGGCGUGAUUGUGCCCUCACAGGGUGAGGACGGCACACUCUUUAUCGGCACGGCGGUGGGCGGCAAGCAGGACUACUUCCCAACCAUCUCCAGCCGCAAGCUGCCCAAGGAUUACGAGUCCUCGGACAUGCUGGACUACGAGCUGCACAGUGACUUUGUGUCCUCGCUCAUCAAGAUCCCGUCAGACACCCUGGCCCUGGUCUCCCACUUUGACAUCUUCUACAUCUACGGCUUUGCCAGUGGCAACUUCGUGUACUUCCUCACGGUCCAGCCAGAGACCCCCGAGGGCGUCUCCUCUGGAGCCUCCGCCAGCGACCUCUUCUACACCUCGCGCAUCGUGAGGCUCUGCAAGGACGACAACAAGUUCCACUCCUACGUGUCGCUGCCGGUGGGCUGCGUGCGGAACGGCGUGGAGUACCGCCUGCUGCAGGCCGCCUACCUCUCCAAGCCUGGCAAGGUCCUGGCUGCCUCCCUCAACAUCUCGGCCCAGGAUGAUGUUCUGUUCACCAUCUUCUCCAAGGGCCAGAAGCAGUACCGCCACCCCCCGGACGACUCUGCCCUCUGCGUCUUCUCCAUCAAGAACAUCAACGCCCGCAUCAAGGAGCGCCUGCAGUCAUGCUACCAGGGGGAGGGGCACCUGGAGCUCAACUGGCUCCUGGGGAAGGAGGUCCAGUGCACCAAGGCGCCAGUGCCGAUUGAUGACCAUUUCUGUGGCUUGGAUAUCAACCAGCCGCUGGGGGGCUCCCAGCUGGUGGAGGGGAUCCCCCUGCUUACGGAGUCCCGGGACCGCAUGACCGCGGUGGCCACGUACGUGUACAACGGAUACUGUGUGGCCUUCGUGGGCACCAAGAGUGGCAAGCUCAAGAAGGUUCGAGUGGACGGCCCCUCGCACGGUGGGGUUCAGUACGAGACCAUCUCUGUCAUCAAGGAUGGGAGCCCCAUUCUCCGUGACAUUGGCUUCUCCAUAGACCAGAACUACCUCUACGUGCUGUCAGAGAGACAGGUGUCCCGGGUUCCGAUCGAAUCAUGUGAGCAGUACACUAGGUGUGGAGAGUGCUUGAGCUCGGGGGACCCCCACUGCGGCUGGUGUGUGCUGCACAACAUGUGUUCUCGGAAGGACAGGUGCGAGCAAGCGGAGGAGCCGUUCCGAUUCGCUGACACCAUCAGCCAGUGCGUGAGCAUCGUCGUGCAGCCAGAAAGCAUCUCCGUCUCCGAGCACAGCGUGACGCUGACCAUGACUGUGAGUGAUGUUCCGGAUCUCUCCCCUGGAGUGACCUGCUCAUUCGGGAACUUAACAGAGGUGGAAGGCCAAGUGUCUAGAAAUCAAAUCCUCUGUCUUUCACCAUCGGCUAAAGAUGUGCCGCUGAUACCAAACGAUCAAGACUGGUUUGGAGUUGAACUCCGGUUGAAUUCCAAGGAGACGGGACAGAUGUUCGCCAGCACCGAGUUCAAAUUCUACAACUGCAGCGUCCACACACUCUGCCUGUCCUGUGUGAACAGUGCCUUCCACUGCCACUGGUGUAAAUACCGCAAUCUGUGCACCCACGACCCCACCAGCUGCUCCUUCCAGGAGGGCAGAGUUAACUCCUCAGAGGACUGCCCACAACUGGUGCCUUUAGAGCAGAUCCUGAUCCCGGUGGGCGAGGUGAAGCCCAUCACACUGAAGGCACGGAACCUGCCCCAGCCGCAGUCCGGCCAGCGGGGCUACGAGUGUGUGCUGGACAUCCAGGGGACCAGCCACCGCGUCCCCGCACUGCGGUUCAACAGCUCCAGCGUGCAGUGCCAGAACAGCUCGUACAUUUAUGAGGGGAUGGACAUCAGUGACCUGGCGGUGGAUUUCUCUGUGGUAUGGAAUGGAAAUUUCAUCAUUGACAAUCCAGAGACUAUUAAAGUGCACCUGUACAAGUGUGCAGCCCAGCGGGAGAGCUGUGGACUGUGCCUGAAGGCUGAGAGGAAGUUCGAGUGUGGCUGGUGCAGUGGGGAGGGACGGUGUACCUUGCGCCAACACUGCACACCACUUGCCAACCAGUGGCUGGACCUGUCCAGCAAGAACGUCAAGUGCACCAACCCGCGCAUCACAGAGGUGACCCCGGUGGCCGGUCCUCCCGAAGGAGGGACGCGUGUCACGAUCCACGGAGUCAACCUGGGCCUGGACUUCUCCGAGAUCAUCCACAACGUGCAGGUGGCCGGCGUGCAGUGCAGCCCCCUACAGGACGGAUACAUCAUUGCAGAACAGAUCGUGUGUGAGAUGGAGCCGGUCCAGCCACAGAUGUCACCCGGACCGGUUGAGCUUUGCAUUGGGGAGUGCAAACCGGAACUGAAGACCAGAUCCACGCAGCUCUAUACGUUCGUGGAACCAACUGUGGAAGCCUUGUCCCCCAGUCGGGGACCGGAGUCUGGGGGGACAAAGGUGACCAUAAUGGGGCAAAACCUGGGAGCUGGGAGCAGCGUCUCUGUCUUCUUCGGGAAUCAGACAUGCGAGUUCUACGAGCGCACUAUGACAGAGAUUGUCUGCUACUCCGCGCCCUCGCCCACUGGAGUCGGCCUGGCCCGGAUCGGGGUCAGUGUGGAUCAUGCCCAGGUGGAGGAGAGCCUGCAGUUCGAGUACAUUGAGGACCCCACCGUGCAGCGAAUCGAACCCGAGUGGAGCAUUGCCAGCGGCCACACUCCCCUGACUAUCACAGGGACUAACCUGGAUGUGAUUCAGGAGCCCCGGAUCAGAGUGAAAUACAACGGCCACGAGUCAGACAAUGUGUGUAAAGUGCUGAACGCGACCACCAUGUUGUGCCUGGCCCCGCCCCUCACCCUGGAAUACCGUCCCGGAUUGGACGCAGUGGAGCGUGCCGACGAGUUCGGUUUCGUCUUCAACAACGUGCAGUCGCUGCUCCUCUACAACAACACCAACUUCAUCUACUACCCCAACCCCACCUUCGAGCCUCUCAGCGCCUCGGGCAUCCUGGAGCAGAAACCGGGCUCCCCCAUCAUCCUCAAGGGACGGAACCUGCUGCCCCCAGCCUCUGGAGGUGCCAAGCUGAACUACACUGUGCUGAUCGGAGAGACACCCUGCUCCGUCACCGUCUCGGAGACACAGCUGCUAUGUGAGCCGCCGAACCUCACUGGGCAGCACAAAGUCAUGGUCCAUGUGGGUGGUCUCAAGUUCUCUCCUGGCUCAGUCCACGUGCUCUCGGACAGCCUGCUGACCCUCCCUGCCAUUGUGAGCAUCGCAGCCGGCGGCAGCCUGCUCCUCAUCAUCGUCAUCAUUGUCCUCAUCGCCUACAAGCGCAAGUCCCGCGAGAACGACCUCACACUCAAGCGGCUGCAGAUGCAGAUGGACAACCUGGAGUCCCGCGUCGCCUUGGAGUGCAAGGAAGCCUUUGCAGAGCUGCAGACAGACAUCAACGAGCUGACCAGUGACCUGGACCGAGCUGGCAUCCCACACCUGGAGUACCGCACCUACGCCAUGAGGGUUCUCUUCCCGGGCAUUGAGGACCACCCGGUGCUGCGCGAGCUCGAGGUCCCAGGCAACGGUCAGAUGAGUGUGGAGAAAGCCCUCAAGAUGUUCGGCCAGCUCAUCAACAACAAGGUGUUCCUGCUGACCUUCAUCCGCACCCUGGAGCUGCAGCGGAGCUUCUCCAUGCGUGACCGCGGCAACGUGGCGUCCCUCAUCAUGACCGCGCUGCAGGGAAAGCUGGAGUACGCCACGGACGUGCUCAAGCACCUGCUGAGCGACCUCAUCGACAAGAACCUGGAGAGCAAGAACCAUCCCAAGCUGCUCUUGCGCAGAACCGAGUCGGUGGCUGAGAAGAUGCUGACCAACUGGUUUGCCUUCCUGCUCCACAAAUUCCUGAAGGAGUGUGCCGGGGAGCCUCUCUUCAUGCUCUACUGUGCCAUCAAGCAGCAGAUGGAGAAGGGACCCAUCGAUGCCAUCACUGGAGAGGCACGCUACUCCCUGAGCGAGGACAAGCUCAUCCGCCAGCAGAUUGAGUACAAGACGCUGAUCCUGAACUGCGUGAAUCCUGACAACGAGAACAGCCCGGAGAUCCCCGUCAAGGUGCUGAACUGUGACACCAUCACACAGGUGAAGGAGAAGAUCCUGGAUGCAGUUUACAAGAACGUGCCGUAUUUCCAGCGCCCACGAGCUGUCGACAUGGACCUGGAAUGGCGUCAGGGCCGGAUGGCGCGAGUGGUCCUGCAGGAUGAAGACAUCACCACCAAGAUUGAGAACGACUGGAAACGGCUCAACACCCUCAUGCACUACCAGGUAUCAGACCGCUGUGUGGUGGCUCUGGUCCCCAAGCAGACCUCGUCCUACAAUAUCCCACCUUCCGCUAGCAUCUCCCGCACCUCCAUCAGCAGAUACGACUCCACGUUCCGGUACACAGGCAGCCCGGACAGCCUGCGCUCGAGAGCCCCCAUGAUCACCCCCGACCUGGAGAGCGGGGUCAAGGUGUGGCACCUCGUCAAGAACCACGAGCACGGAGACCAGAAGGAGGGUGACCGUGGCAGCAAGAUGGUGUCCGAGAUCUACCUGACCCGUCUGCUCGCCACCAAGGGUACGCUGCAGAAGUUUGUGGACGAUCUGUUCGAGACGCUGUUCAGCACGGUGCACAGAGGAAGCGCCCUCCCUCUGGCGAUCAAGUACAUGUUUGACUUCCUGGAUGAGCAGGCGGAUAAACACGGCAUCCACGACACAGACGUGCGACACACCUGGAAAAGCAACUGUUUGCCCCUGAGAUUCUGGGUGAAUGUGAUCAAGAACCCGCAGUUUGUGUUCGACAUCCACAAGAGCAGCAUCACGGACGCCUGCCUGUCGGUCGUGGCCCAGACCUUCAUGGACUCGUGUUCCACGUCAGAGCACCGCCUGGGCAAGGACUCUCCGUCCAACAAGCUGCUGUACGCCAAGGAUAUCCCCAACUACAAGGGCUGGGUGGAGAGGUACUACGCAGACAUCGCGAGGCUCCCUGCAAUCAGCGACCAGGACAUGAACGCCUACCUGGCAGAGCAAGCGCGCCUGCACUCCACUGACUUCAACAUGCUGAGUGCACUCAACGAGAUCUACUCCUACGUCAGCAAAUACAGCGAGGAGAUAACCUCAGCGCUGGAGCAGGAUGAGCAAGCGCGCAGACAGCGGCUGGCAUACAAAGUGGAGCAGCUCAUCGGAGCCAUGUCUAUAGAGAGCUGAGGAUAGGAGGAGGUGUCUUCCAAACCCAAUCAAACUAAUGAAGUCAUGGGACACACUGCUGGAAGGGACCAACACACACACACACACACACACGCACACACACGCACACACACGAACGCACACACACACACAUAUCUGAAUAUAUGUAAGACUCGUCAUCAGUGUGGCUACGUCAGAAUGGUGACGUCUUCCUGCAGUGUAAAUGGUUUCCUUUCUUCCAGCGAUGCAGCUCGUUUCAUUGACAGUUCCAGAUCUGUGUCUUUUACAGCUAGGGAUGGACCUUUUGAAAGUGCAGAGUGAAAUGUAACCUAAAGCAGCAAAUCUGGAAGGAACCAGGAGAGUUUCGCCAGCCAGCUUUGCAUGGGAAUCGAGAACUCUGUAUCUUGAAGCUGGGUGUGUGCUCUUAUUUCCCAUUUAUUUUUAUAUAUUCAUAGUUUUUUUUUUUUUUUUUUAAUUCUGGAUGCAAUUCAGCUUAUUAUUUUUGUAUUUUAUCUCAUCAUCGAGUGGGUUACUGUGCGUGACAAAAAUCUUAUUUUUUUUUUAAACUAACUGAAAAAGUACUGGUACUGUACGUGGACUGCUUUUAGACAUGUCUUUUGAGCUGCUGGCACAAAUUUGCACUUAAAAACUUCCCUUACCCAAGAAAAAAAAAACAACAUCCAAGAGCUGAGAUUGGAUGAAAUAUGAAGACUUGCCUUCGGUAUGGCUUGGAUGUGCCGACUUCAGAGUCUUAAAAGACGUGUGUUCAAAGUCCCCCAAAGGCUUUCGCGCACAAACCUCAUGCGCUGGAAGGGAGGGGGACCAGUGUUGCGUAGCUUGGGAAUGCAUCAACAAGGACCCUGCCUCUUUUAAAGGACUUGCUACUAGAAGAAAUGUAAUUACAACUAAGUUUAGUUUUUUGUUUUUAAAUCUCGUUUGCGUUUGUGUAUAAAUCCAGUAUAUAUAUAUAUCCAUAACUUUUCCACAGGGCUUCUGAAGGAGAGUCAUAACAGUCUUAGUUCAGCCCGUUUCGACAAGCCUCUUAAAGCUUGUCUUUUCAAUUCUCUCUGCUGGGCCAAAAUAUUCUGAUUGCAGUACUUGAGCACCAUGAACUCAAAGACAGCACAGUAUAGAUCUGUUCUGAGAUUGUGUACACUGCAUACCCCUCCCCUCCAUGCAUGUCAUCACUUGUGAGUCAUCAAGGCUUUACAGAUCCGCUCCGCUUACCUUGAAAUGCCAGGGCAUCGUAGAUCUCUGCUAACUCAGGACAGGGCAUGUUCGGUUUCACUCAGUCUGACCAAUAAGACAUUGAAAAAGAUGAAUCAUUUUGAAACCCUGUUUACAUUAAAGUUUACAAAUGAGUUAGACCAACGUAUAUAUGUAUCACAACCAUGUGAGGAGCACAUCAGUACUCACAGCCACCUAGACCUGUGGCUGUACUGCCAGAGCAAUGCAUGCAAACAAAUGCUGUUGACAUUAAGUAUUCAGCUGCACUUUAAAUUAAGAACCAGGGAAGGAAGCGAACAAGCAGAAUACAGAAUGUGCCAAUAACCAACAGAGGAGUUCUGUGUAGCAGUGGACUUGUAUACCGAUUUCUAUAUUUUCAUAUACAGUAGAAUAGUUUGAAAAUCUCAACCCUCACCCCAAACACAGCAUGGUGAACCCCUUACUGUGCAGUAGUUUAGUCACCAGGAGAGCGUUGCCUUCUGUUCCAUUCAUGCCAAAGGGCCACAUUCACGAAGGCUGGGAAAUGCAGCACUGUGUUUACUUUGCAGCUGCCAGCACAGCAAACGCUUUAUGAAUAUCGGACACCAUUCUUUCAAAUCUUAAAAUGACAUUAUAGGGAAGCAGGAAUGUGAACAGACAAGGAAUUCCACUGGAAAGGAAUUGAAUUAAACUACAGGAGUGACAUUUGUAACCGUGCACAUUAAGGCAAGGGUUUCCCAACCUGGGGGCAAUGUUGCACGUGCCAAGGGAGGAGCCAUUUAAGUACAUGAGCAACGCUGUCAGGUGCUUUUCUGCUUGUUUGUUCUAAUGCAACACUUACUACCUUGACCUCAGCUCUAUCGGAAAUAUUUAUAGUCUUCAUACAGUUACCAUUAUACAUCAAAAUGGGAGUGACCCUAAUUACAGUUUGGGAACCCCCCUGUGUUUGGGGAGCCAGUCAGUGAGAGAUCUGAAAGGAUAAAAAAAGAUGACAAGCUGUACCUUUUAUUGUAGCGUUCAAAAAAGGCAUUCACGUGCACAUUGUUCUUAAGUCCCCAAAGGUCUCUUGUGACAGACUUAACAUUUCAAUAAGAAUGUCAGAUGGCUCCAUUAAUUCCUACUCUGUUAUUCUUCAUAAUGUGUUGCAGAGAGCCAACAGGUAAUUAGCAGUGCUAACAUACUGCAGCCCGGUUAGGGGAAUUGAGUUUGCUACAGUAUUCAUUCCUCGCAGUGCAGUGUUUACAUCAAAAGAUACUUGAAAUAAGCUAUUUAUUGAAGCGUAUUUAAUGAUGACAACAUUAGACUAGAAGAAUGUUAAGGAAAAGGAAGGCAGGUUCACUUCUCUGUAAGCCAAGGUCAGUUCUGUCUUUGUGCACCAGCUAAGUUUCAGUCCCACUUGGCUGUUAAACUUGGACAAUGAAAAAAAGAAAACCCUUCUUCUUCAGGACUAUGGGACUCGCUGGUUGAUACUGUCCACUUCUUAUUCAUCUACAUUAGGAGUAGAUAUGGACUUGUACCUGCAGGCACAGCACUCACCAGCUUGUCAUGCUUGUUUUGAAGAGUGUUUCAAAAAGCCCUUUAGCUUUGGUUUUCUGCUCUUGCUUUGAAGCGCGACUUUGAUCUCUGAGUCAUGUGCGCACCAUGUGAUCAAGAGAUGUGGACUUCAAAAGGUCCCCAAGACACGGACAGCAGUGCUUGACAUCUGAUUAGUCUGUACAGCAGCUGGAGAGCUUCGGCUUCAACCCUCUGUCAUCCUAAACCAAGCACCUGAUUUUAAACAGCGCUUAGAAUAUCACCAGAUUGGUCGAGACAAAGCUUUGGGAUUUCUUCCAGGCUAAGGCCCCAGAAACCUUGAAGUCUUUAUCCUCUCGCAUCAGGGGUAAGCACCUUGGGUAUAAAACAGUAGUCACCUGUCAUAAUGAGCAGCAGUAUUCUGAAUACACUGCAGGACCUGCUGUUGUUUCUUGGUAUUGGUAGCUUGUCUUUGUAAAUGAGAAUGUGUACUCGGUUAACUCUGGAUAAAUAAAGGUUUUGAUUGAUUGUAUUUAAUAAAACCAAAAAAUAAAUGAAAGACCUGGUCCAUAAUAACCUUGCGAUACCUUAAGCAUGUCUUGGCAGUCCUAUAAUUUUUGAGGUACUCUACUGUACUACACAUUUCCACCAGACUUUGAUGCGUAGUAACUUGGUGAACUAAAAUAAUUAUUGUAUUGCUAAUGGACCCAAAAACAUCCUUAACUCUGCAGGUGCUAUUCAUCGACAGUGUACCUCUGUCAUAUUGAAAGAUCAUUCGGGCCAAACUGACCAUUAUUGAGUGACCAAAUCCUAUUAAGUCAUCCAGCAGAUUUAUUUUCAGGCUUGCAUUAUGGAAUCCAUUAUGAGAUCAGUGAGUUUCUGGUAAAGGGGUUGGGGGGAGGGGGGGUGCAUGUGGAGCAUGCACAUCAGCAAUUUGAAAUAUUAUUGUUUGGUCUAGGUUUUUUUUCUUACUAUUUAAGACAUUAUACAAAAUAUCAGAUAGUGUAAUAAAGCAUUAACCACAGUUGUAGCCAGAGAGAGUCUCUGCAGUGUGUUCUGUAGAUAGAACCCUACUGUACGCAGGCUUUGUGAAUUCUAGCCUUGACCUCUAGAACAUAGAGGUUGAUACGCCUUCCGAGCCAACCUUGACCCCUGACCUUUAAACCCUAAUACUUUAAAGAGAAUUCAUCUUCAUUUAACGAAAUAACGAACUUCUGUCAAUCGAAACUACAGUAGUAUCGAAGCUCCAUGUGCCAGGUUCAAUUUGUAUUUAUUUAAGGUUGUUUUUAACAUGACUAUACGCUGUGGCAGGAUGACAAAAGAAGAAACAGCAAAGAAAAAUACAGUUAAAAUAAGUCUAGAAGGGAAUUGAGUUUAGAGUGGACAUUUCAGGCUUUUCCCACUGAAGGGAUUAUAUAUAUAUAUAUAUAUAUAUAUAUAUAUAUAUAUAUAUAUAUAUAUAUAUAUAUAUAUAUAUAUAUAUAUAUAUAUAUAUAUAUACAAUAAAGCCGAAUGAGCUGCGGUCCUACAGAGCAGGGAGAAGAGGAUUUGAUUAUAGAAGUUUGACACAAUCAAAUAUCAGUAUGUUUUAUGCACUUUCAGAAUGUUCUGGGUUGAAGUCAGCAGCCCAGUUUUGUGUCCUGUUGCUGCAGAACAGCAUAAAAAAAUUAAAUAAAUACACAAGCUUAGAGCUUAUCACUUGCAAGCCCAAACCAUGUGACUCUUGCCUCUCCUCCCUGUCCUACCUAUCCAUUCAUUCAUUUGUAGACACUGGAGUUCUGUAUUAUAGUAAAUAAAAUAAAAUACAAUGGCUGUCUGUUAUUAUUGUUGUUUUAUAAAAGGUGUUGUGAAAAUUGUAAGAAAGUCAAAAGUAUUUAAAAAAAAAGAUAAAAGCAGUUCUGAAAAAGUUGUCUGUUUGUUUUUUUUUGUUAAUGAUAAUAUAUUAUUGUGUACCUAUUGUAAAUAUGAAACUCUGCUAUUUUGCAAGCCAAGGAUUCACUUUGUACUGUUGUUAUAUAUAAAUAAACUUUACUGGUUAAAAAAUGUA